AUGGUGGCGGGUCGCGCGUUGCCGGCGGCGGUGUACGGGAGGCCGUCGCGCGACCUCGGGGGCUGGUGAGAGCCGAGGCUUCAGCCAGGUGCAGGCGGACCUCAGCCGGCGGGCUGGUGGCCCCGGUUCCGGGAUGGAAGCGGAAGGCUUGGACUGGCUCCUGGUCCCGCUGCAGCAGCUGGCUUCCUGGGGGGCGGCCGGGGCCAUGGUCUUCGGAGGGGUGGUGCCCUACGUCCCACAGUACCGGGACAUCCGCAGGACGCAGAACGCCGAGGGCUUCUCCACUCACGUGUGUCUGGUGCUGCUGGUGGCCAAUAUUUUACGGAUCCUCUUCUGGUUUGGGAGGCGUUUUGAGUCCCCGCUGCUGUGGCAGAGCGUGGUCAUGAUCACUACCAUGCUGUUGAUGCUGAAGCUCUGCACCGAGGUCCGUGUGGCUAACGAGCUGAACAUAAAACGCCGCUCCUUUGCAGCUGCAGAUAGUAAGGAUGAAGAAACCAAAGUGCCCCCUGGGCGGUCCUACCUGGACUUUGACCCUCACUACUUCUGGCACUGGAGCAGUUUCACAGACUACGUGCAGUGUGUCCUGGCCUUCACGGGUGUAGCAGGCUAUGUUACCUACCUCUCCAUCGACUCAGCUCUGUUUGUGGAGACCCUGGGCUUCCUGGCUGUGCUGACUGAGGCCAUGCUGGGUGUGCCGCAGCUUUACCGCAACCACCGUCACCGGUCCACAGAGGGCAUGAGCAUAAAGAUGGUGCUCAUGUGGACCAGCGGUGAUGCCUUCAAGACGGCCUACUUCCUGCUGAAUGGUGCGCCCCUGCAGUUCUCAGUCUGUGGCCUGCUGCAGGUGCUGGUGGACCUGGCCAUCCUGGGGCAAGCCUAUGCCUUCACUCGCCACCCCCAGAAGCCGGUGCCCCAUGCCACGCACCCCACCAGUACCAAGGCCCUCUGAGGCAGUGGGGGAGGGGCAGGGGCUGUGACCGCCAGCUCCAGACACUGGCCAGACCCCUCCUCCCUGAGAGGGGGGACAGUGUUUAGGUGUCAGAUUCUGGAACAGGCUGGUGGGGGGAGGGCUGGGUCAAUAUUUGUGCUCCCCACUGUCAGGGCAGCCAGAGCAAGUUUGACACCCCAGGGCCAGGUUUCAGGUGUCUAUAAGGUGAUGGAAAAGCAAGUGUCUUUUCCUACUUCCUCUCAAAAACUCCUGCCCUGAAUGCAAGAUUUGUUCAUGAGCACAUGAGAAGGCAGGCAGCAGCCCUGCUCCCAUCUCAGGCCCUCCUCCUGGGUCUGCUUCAGCCCACAGGAUGUUCUCCCUGGUGGGGCUGAGAGGCCUGCGCCCCUAGGUGAGCAGACCCACCUGCCAACAUUCCAGGGAAGCAGGAAGGGAUCCCAGUGUUUUGAGGACCCCGCAAAUCCUGUGAGCAGAGCCUUGAGACUCACUGUGACCCUCACCAGAUGCUGUGGUUGCACAGGGGCAGAGCUGGGGUCUUCUCUGCUCCUGGUACCUGUGGAAAGGGGGCUGUGAGGACACAGUGCCAGUGCUCUCAAGGGCCUCACAGGGGACGCCUCCUGGGACAUAGCCCUGGCUCAGCAGGGCCCGGUAACCAUGCUGCUAUUCCGGCCUCUUCCCAGGAGGUGCUGGCACAGACAUCCCCAGGUGAGCAGGCGGGCCCCGUGUCUCAGCCUGGCUGGGCAUUGGCCAGCAAGCUCAGAGGGAUGAGAGCUGGGUUCUUUUUCUCUUCAUGUCCUAGGGUUGGCCCUCGAGACUCCACUGAGGAGGUUCCCUUGAGUCUGGGCAUUGUAUGCACCAGCUGGACACAGCUUUAAUAUCCAUCUUCCAGGGUAGAGAGACCACUUUGGGUCAGGAGAGGGGGUGUUCUCUGACAUGGCCAGUGCUCCUCACAUGCAGGGUCCUACCUCUGACCUCCUACAUAGGAGCAGCCUGCCAUGUCCUCUGUCCUCAGUCCCUGGUGUGUGGGCCUGUGGAGUUCUGGGUCUACAGCAGAGCUGCCUGUCUGCCCUUGGCACCCCGUACCUGCCUACCCUGUUCCAGUUUAACAGGAGGUCACGCCGUGCUGAGCAGUACUGCACUGGCUCCAGCUGGCCCCCGGGUCUCAGAGUUCUAGAUGCUUCUUUGCAACUCCCAUGGCACAGGCUCAUUCUGCCCCUGCAGGCGGAGGGGCUGCUUUCCAGGUGGGUGUCCACGCUGUCAGCACCAGACAGUGAGUGUUAAUUUGCUGUGCCAGUGGGAAAAGGCCCAAAGCUAUUUCCUCUUCCUGAGUGUUCUUCAGAAAAACUCUUGAAUGUUUGAGUGAGGCUCUUGCUCAGCUCUUUGUCCUAUAAGAUGCUCUCAAAAUUUUUAUUUUUUUAAAACGAAAGGAGAUGUCUGUUAGUGUUAAUUGCCUCUAAAUUAAAAUGCCGCUGAUUGCAGGCAUAAUGACUGGGCGAAUGUCCUGUGUGUGUCUCCUUGGAAUCAAUAAACCUUUUGUGGAUCCAGCAUGGUGUGAGUGGGGUCAGAGUGGGGUCCGAGGCAGAGUGAAGAACCAGGUCCAGGAGGGGACCAUGUGGCCCAGGCUAUACCCCAGGCCCUCCCACAGCUCAGUCCCUGAGGUGGCUCCAAGUUUCUACCCACAGCAGGUGGGGCUGCCACCCAUCACUGGUACCCUGGCCCCGGCAGGUUCACAAUCCCACCCUCUUGCUUCUGGCUGACCAUAGGAUACUUAUGGGAAGGGUCUCAUUAAAGGCCAAGAGUCAUGUUUCUGUAUUUGCCAUCACCAGGUCAGGUAGGUCUGUGCAGUGCUGGGAAGGAGCCAUGAAAGAGUGAGCCCAACCCAAAAGUACCUGGAAGUCACUUUUCCCCAAACCCAAAAUCUGUAUUUCUAGUUCUUCCUCUCUGUGAGGCCAGUGAUUUGGAAGUGAGAAGGUAGUGACCUGGCCUCAGCCAGGGCACAACUGGAGCAGAUUAGAACCUCCACGUGGUCUUGCAGCAUCCCUGUCCCCAGCAUCCUGUGGGCCAAGGAGACAUGGCGGCAGUUAUAGUUUCCCCAGUGUAAGGGCCAGGAAUUGGCUCUGUUCUGGCAGUAGAUAGUGGGGGUUUUAGGCCACCAACAUGGACACUGGAGCACGUUCAGUUAUAGAGCUCCCCGUCGAUUUGGUCUCCAGAUGCUCAGGUGGGGCAGGCAGGUGAGGGGCAGGUGGAAAGGAAGGAGGCAGCUGAAGGGUGGGGGAAGUAGAUGGAGCAGUGGGGGGGUUGGAUAGGGGUAAGCACAGGGGUACAAGGUGAGCAAGGUGCUUGGUGAUUAAGGCCAGAGGAUUUCUGGAGGGUCUCUGGCUCCAUUUUCCCUCCUCAAAAUGCUGACAGAUGGUGUGAGGAUAGCUAGAGCUUGAUGGCAGUGACUGGGGUUGUGCAUCUUCAGGGUGCAGCCAGUUUGGGGGCUCACUCUGGACCAGCUGUGGCUUUAACAGUGAGUUAAUGAAGGCACAGAGAGGUGGCCCUUCCCCAAAGAAACAGCAGACCUGGGGUGGGUGGUCCGCAUGUCCCCUGGUACCCCGGAAGCUCUGGUGGUCCCUGGCCUGAAGGGCUCCUGGGACCAGAGACCCUGGGAGGGACAACUUGGGUUUAUUCCUGGGCAUAUUCACCCACUGCUCAAGAGGAAUCUUUUCCCUGGAGCUCACCGGCAGAGCCAGGGCCAGCCAUAGGGCUGGGGGACAUGCUGUCCUUGGGCACGGGUGUGUCAGCUGUGUGCAAAGCGGCUGCUCAUUCUUGUAUAGGAUGGUGUGAUGCUUGUGCAGACCACAGCCAGAAUGGCAGAGGGCCUUCACCACCUUCCCACAGCAAAGGGCUUCAGGGGCAGGGUAGUGAACAAAAGAGGAGUUAAGACAUGAAGUACAGGCAAGGGCAGGUUUAUUGGAAGCAAACCACACCAAGAAGCACACCCUGGGAUUAGGGUCUGUCCUUUUAUGCUAAUCCCUGUUGUUAAUAAUAUGCUGAGCUAGAGGUGGAAUAUUUUUCUGGGAAAGGGGUAGAGAAUUACUAGAGCCGGAAACCCUCCCCUUUAUUCACUAUCCAGGAUUGCCAUAUCAUUUGUAAACUGUGACAGCACUAGUG